GAGGAGCAGGAGCCCAACUAGAAACUCCUCUCGUCAUUCAUUGUCCUUAGGCUUCCGCUCUGCUUCCUUCAGCGUCCGCCACUUCCUCCUCCCGCCAAUGAGAGCUAAGGAAGUUAAAGCCCCGCCCCAGUGCGUCAGACGCGUUUGUGGCACGCACGAGAACGCCUGCGCAAACGCGCGCGGGAGGUGGGCCGGGCCAACUUCUGAACAACAGGCAGUUCGCCCGCGCCUAAGUUGGCGCGGGCUGUCCCGACCAUUUAAGAUGUUGCGUGUGGUGAGCUGGAACAUCAAUGGGAUUCGGAGACCCCUGCAAGGGGUGGCAAAUCAGGAACCCAGCAACUGUGCCGCCGUGGCCGUGGGGCGCAUUUUGGACGAGCUGGAUGCCGAUAUCGUCUGUCUCCAGGAGACCAAAGUGACCAGGGAUGCACUGACAGAACCCCUGGCUAUCGUUGAGGGUUAUAACUCCUAUUUCAGCUUCAGCCGCAACCGUAGUGGCUAUUCUGGUGUAGCCACCUUCUGUAAGGACAGCGCUACCCCAGUGGCUGCUGAAGAAGGCCUGAGUGGCCUGUUUGCCACCCAGAAUGGGGAUGUGGGUUGCUAUGGAAACAUGGAUGAGUUUACCCAAGAGGAACUCCGGGCUCUGGAUAGUGAGGGCCGGGCCCUCCUCACACAGCACAAGAUCCGCACAUGGGAAGGAAAGGAGAGGACCCUGACCCUAAUCAACGUGUACUGCCCCCACGCAGACCCUGGGAGGCCUGAGCGGCUGGUCUUUAAGAUGCGCUUCUAUCGCUUGUUGCAAAUCCGAGCAGAAGCCCUUCUGGCGGCAGGCAGCCAUGUGAUCAUUCUGGGUGACCUGAAUACAGCCCACCGCCCCAUUGACCACUGGGAUUCAGCCAACCUGGAAUGCUUUGAAGAGGACCCAGGGCGCAAGUGGAUGGACGGCUUGCUCAGUAACUUGGGGUGCCAGUCUGCCUCUGAUGUAGGGCCCUUCAUCGAUAGCUACCGCUGCUUCCAACCAAAACAGGAGGGGGCCUUCACCUGCUGGUCAGCAGUCACGGGUGCCCGCCAUCUCAACUAUGGCUCCCGGAUUGACUAUGUGCUGGGGGACAGGACCCUGGUCAUAGACACCUUUCAGGCCUCUUUCCUGCUGCCUGAGGUGAUGGGCUCUGACCACUGCCCUGUGGGUGCAGUCUUGAGCGUGUCCUCUGUGCCUGCAAAACAGUGCCCACCUCUGUGCACCCGCUUCCUCCCUGAGUUUGCAGGCACCCAGCUCAAGAUCCUUCGCUUCCUAGUUCCUCUCGAACAAGGCCCUGUGUUGGAGCAGUUGGCACCGCAGCAUAACAGUCAAACCCGGGUACAGACGUGCCAAAACAAAGCCCGUGUGCGCUCAACCAGGCCUCGGCCCAGUCAGCUUGGCUCUAGCAGAGGUCAGAAAAACCUGAAGAGCUACUUUCAGCCCUCCCCUAGCUGUCCCCAAGCCUCUCCUGACAUAGAGCUGCCUAGCCUGCCACCAAUGAGCACCUUCAUGACCCCGAAGACUUCGGAAGAGGAGGCAGUGGCCAAAGUGGUGAAGGGGCAGGCCAAGGCUUCAGAAGCCAAAGAUGAGAAGGAAGUACGGACCUCAUUCUGGAAGUCUUUGCUGGCGGGGCCCUUGCACAUACCCCUCUGUGGGGGCCACAGGGAGCCAUGUGUGAUGCGUACUGUGAAGAAGCCAGGACCCAACCUGGGCCGCCGCUUCUACAUGUGUGCCAGGCCCCGGGGUCAUCCUAAUGACCCCUCCUCCCGCUGCAACUUUUUCCUCUGGAGCAGGCCCAGCUGAACCAGUGGAGGCCAGGGGAUGUCUGGCAUGAUCACCCCUGCAUCUGAUCUGAGGCCAGCUCCCCUUCCUCUCAGCUGCCUCCUGCUUCUCCCCCAAAGUCUCCUACCCUUCUCUUCCUCCUCUAAUCCCUCUCGUCCUCUUUCUCCUUCUUACCUAGCUCCUUGUUGGUGAGCUUCUUAUGCCUUACUCCUCUGACCCAGUCGCCUACGCCACUUUCCACCUUCCUGUCCGAAGUACGCGGGCACUAGCUGCCCUGGGAAGUUGUGUGAUUUUAAAUCACUUCUGUCCUUUCUGGGAAAUGUAUUUGUGCAUAAAUAAAGUCUGUGUAUUUGUUUCAGGGUU